AUGGUGUGGGCAGCCCCAGCCCCGGCUGCCAUCGCCCUCUGCCUCCGUGUCUCCACAAACCUGGUGAAAGCUGCAGUGGGAUUCCGGUUGCUUUGGCUCCUGCUGGAGCACAAACACACCAAGAAUUCCCUUUUCUUUACGGGGCUGACGCAGGCGCAGCGGGAGCCUCCCCCGAGCAGCUUCAUCUCAUCCCAGGCCGAAGCGGAGCACGGACAACACAACUCCUCACCCACAGGCUGCCCGUCCGAGCCCAUCACUGCCACCACCAUCGCCACGAAACCCAUACUCCUGGAUUACACCCCUGAGGAGUUCAACCUGUGCCUGAGCAAUGAUGUCCUAAUGGAAAACCUGGAGGCUCUGCUGGACCAGACGCCCGUCGUGGAGUACUACGAGGUCAUGAAAGAAAAGGUGGACGAGGUUUACCCGUCGGGGAUCCCGGAGAAGCUGCUGAGGCGCCUGGGACCGCUGGCCCGCCGGUACUCAGAGGAGGAGAUCAGCCAGUGGUCAGUGACGUCCAGUGACACAUUGGCAGCCCUGCUUGACCCCUCAGGAGGGGAUUGGGAUGAUUCCCAGGUGCAGCAGCUGCUCAGCAGGUACCUGACCCUGGGGGGCACCUUGACCGGGCCCCUGCUCCAGGCCAUCAAGGGCAGACGCCUGUGCAACCUGCGGGAGGAGCAGAUGGAGCAAAUCCCCGCCCAGGCAAUCGGGACUGCUGGGCAGUUAGACAUCUCUGCGUGCUCCCAAGCCAAGAAGGAGCUGCUCUACAGGAAGGCUCGGGAGGCCUUUGCUGACCUGGCCGGCACCCCCAGCGCGUAUUUCUGCCGGCUCCGGCCCUACCUGGGUGGAGCUCCAGCAGAGGACCUGAAAAACUUGGCCAAUGCUGGCGUGGCCAUAGACAUGGAUAUGGACACCUUCCUGUCCCUAAAUCCCAAGGAACUGCAGAAACUCAGUGUCAUGGAUGUGAAAAAUUUGCUUGGGAAAAACCUCCCCGAGCUGAAGAAAGCUGAGAACGAGCCCUUGGUGAUGGGCUGGGUGGAGAGACAGUUCCAGAGGGAGCUGGACCGUGUCCUGGGAAUCGGCCUGCAGGGAGGGAUGAAGGAACCCACGGGGACAACCACCCCUGCUGCCUCCACCACCACAGCCGGUGUCACCUCCACUGCCACCAGCCCCGUGCCCACCACCCUCCCAACUGUCCCCACCUGUCCUUGCCCCACCACCCCAGAUAUUGUCACCCCCACGGCCACUGUCCCCACUCCUCCUCAUCCCACCACUCCAGCUAGUGCCACCUCCACUGGAGCUGUCCCUGUGCCCACCACCCUCCCCACUGUCCCCACCCCUGUUGCCACUACCACCCCCCCGACCACCCAGUCAAGUACAGUCCCCCUCCAGACCCCCACCCCGAGUGCUCUCAGCUCAACCCCCCUAAACAACACUCCCCCCUCUACUGAGAGUCCCCCUGUCACCUCCACUGCCACCUCCAGUGCCACCCCCACUGCCCAUCCCGCUCUGACCACCACCUCCAUCGCCCCCCCGUGCUCCACCCACCAGUCUCCCACCACAAAUAAGGCCACCCCGUCCCCUGUCCCCCUCCUCCCCACCACCCUGGUUCCUGUCAGCCCCAACACCACCUCUCCCAGCUCCGUCCCAGUCCCUGCUGUCACCUCCAGGGCCACCACCAGCACCAGUGUUGGCACUGACCCAGCUGGUACCACCCACAGCACCAGCUCCCCACUGGUGCCCAUGAACACCCCAGUACCCGGGGGGACCACCCACCCUGCUCCUGCCACCCACAGCACUGUCAUCCCCGGCACCCACAGUGCUACCAGCACCCCUGUCCCUAAUCCCACCUCUGCUCCCACUGCCAUCCACACCACUCCCACCCCAAUUCCCAGCUCCACCAUCUCCACCCAAGAGAGCAUCAUCUCCUCCACGCCCGAGACCACCACAGCGCCCUGCCCGACCAGUGCCCCCCCGGGGUUCCCCAGCCCUUCCUCCACCACCACCAGCAGUGAGGCCACCAAACCAACCCCCGGAGCUGUGCCGGAGUCACCACGACCGACAUCCCAUGGACACAUCAACCUGCAGCCCAAGCCUGAUUCAGGACCCAGACUGUCCUCCUGCCUCAUCCACAUGCUGGCUGUCACUGUGGGGACCUUGCUGCUGCAGGGGCUGCUCUGACCCCCCCCUCAGCACCACACCCACCCCAUCCCUCCUUCAUCUCCACCACCCUGCAACACAAUG